GUUUCAGUUUCAGUUUGUGCUUUGCAAUCGUGUAGUCGUUGUCGUGUUCGGUCGGUCGGUCGUGUUUGUGCAUAAUCCGUAGUUUCGAGUGCCCGUCCAUGGCCAGCUGCGGAUGCUAGUGGUCCACUGGAUUCUUCUGGACCGCAUCGCCGAAAGUUGUUGGCCCCGGUACGUUUCGUGUGUUCUCCCAAGCCGGAGUUUUUAGAGCCGUUCCAGGAGCUGAAUCGACUGGGUCGGUGCGUGUGAGUGAGAUUUUUUUACUGUUCCGUGGCAGCUUUUUGUAGCGAAGAAGCUUUGGAAGUGUCUAGCUAUUUUUAGUGAUAUUUGGAACAGUGUAAUUUUGGGAACGGAGAUACCAUUUCCGGUGGCUGAUGCUGAGUUUUGAACUGGGAUCUCAUCGUACUGCCUCGACGGAAGCAUUUGCAGGUUGCUGCCAGCAGCUGCUGUUGUAGCUGCUCAAACCGUUUACAUAUGUGUACGUGCACGCGUUUUAGAGUCGUGCAUCGAUAAACCAGCAGCAUCGAAAUAAAGAAGAAAUAUAUACAUCAACCCAAACCGCCGUGUGUGAUAAUCUGCAUUUAUUCGCGUAUUUCUGUCACAAUCAGAAGCGAGAAGAAUACCGUGUAAAGUAGGAUUAAUUGUCGAUGUUAGCAGUUUCCGAUGUUACCACCACAGUGUAACAGUAGUACGCACCGCAUGCUGUCGAAUCGAAUUGCUGAGUGUAUAUCGAAUUCAGCAGUGGGCACCACCAAGGUCAUUGCUACUGUGCAGAAAAAGUGAUUAUCAUAAUUCGCGCAUUUUACCUUCUGCUUCGAUGACGGGCAGUCGUUAGUGUAGCACAGAUAGGUACUUCGAUUCGCACAAGUAGUGAUCAGGCGGAGAGAGAGAUCUAAAGUUCCACCCUGCUGGAAAGGCCUUUGAUGCAGCUAUUGUUGAUAGUGAGUUAUCUGAAGCACGUCGAAAUAGUCAAAAUAAUAGGCGCAGCUAUCGUUAAAUAUAAGAAGUGAAUGUGUGUGUGGGGCAGAGAGAAGAUUUGGUCGAACGUCAAGACAGUGAAAGUGUCAAUACAGAUCAGCGGAUGAAACAAGUACGAAUGUUCAAAUCAAGCGCAGUAUUAUAAAUGAUUGUGUAGUGCAGCAGGAUAAGGGGCCCAAAAUGCGCCGAACGAGUCGAAAUUCGUUUAAUUUCGAUUUCUCGCUGAGGCGUUUGCUGUUACAGGGAGCACGAGCUGCACGUGGUAGUCCACCGCUUGGACAGCGGCUGUGUGAUGUGGAGAAGGGAAGUGGUAGUGGUGGCACCGGCGGAGGUCCCAGCGGUAGUGGGAGCAAAUAUGACAAGAGCGGAUCGUCUAGCGGUGGUGGUCAUAAGCACAAUCUCGAUUCCACUUCGCAACAUUCGGCCAACUCGCCGGGCAAUCUGGACCGGGGCAUCUCCACCGCCAAACUGACACCAAAUAGCUAUAAGUCAUCGAAUAGUCUACAGAGCAAAAGCACUUCCGGAUCCGCAUCAGGUGGCACCUCCAGCUCAGCUGCCAAAUCCACCUCCUCCCCAGAGGAAUGCCCCCUCUGCUACGACACUGUGCCAGCCGGGGAGGAAUUUUGCUCCCUGCUGAACUGCCGACAUUACGCCUGCCGAGGCUGCCUGGAGAACUACCUGAUGAUUGAAAUCUCCGAAAGCCGAACGGACAUCAGCUGCCCGCAGUGUCCGGAAUCGAUGCACCCGACUGAUAUACAAGCGCUGCUGAAGGCGUUUCCCUCUGCCAUAACCAAAUACGAAGACUUUAUGGUGCGUCGUGUACUGCUAGCGGAUCCGGACUCCCGCUGGUGUCCUGGACCGGACUGCAGUUACGCGGUCAUUGCCAAUGGAUGCGCAUCUUGCCCGCGGAUACGCUGCGAACGGCCCGGUUGUGAUGUCCAGUUCUGCUACCACUGCAAGGCAGAGUGGCACCCGGAUCAGACGUGCGAUGCUGCCCGAGCGUCCAGGCAGAGUCCCACCAGGGCACCGUCCGGUAGUAUAGACCAAAAUUCACAACACAAGGACGACAUCAAGCCAUGUCCGCGCUGUCAGGUCCUGAUUGUCAAAAUGGACGACGGGUCCUGCAACCACAUGGUCUGUGCCAUCUGCGGAUCCGAGUUCUGCUGGCUCUGCAUGAAGGAGAUUAGCGAUCUGCACUAUCUCAGCCCGUCCGGCUGUACCUUCUGGGGCAAGAAGCCCUGGUCCCGGAAAAAGAAGCUACUGUGGCAGCUGGGUACCCUGGUGGGGGCACCACUCGGGAUUGCUCUAGUUGCCGGGAUUGCCGUGCCUGCCAUGAUCAUAGGAAUUCCGGUCUGGGUUGGCCGAAAAAUACACACACGGUACAAAGCUGCCGGAAAACACAAGCGGAACUUUGCCGUGCUGGGAGGUGUAACGGCGUCGGUAAUCGUAUCACCAGUGCUGGCGGGACUGGCUGUCGCCAUCGGGGUUCCGACGCUGCUGUUCUACGUGUAUGGAGUAGUACCCGUUUCCUUAUGCCGCGCUGGCUGCGGUGAGGGGACCAAGUUCGAGUUCGACGAGGAAGAAGACAACGGUUCACGGAACCAUGGUGACGCAACGAGUGUGGAUGCCGUAUCCCGCAUCGGUGCUACCAGUAUAGGGGAGGUUAGUCUAAGUGUAACUAGCGGUAGCCAUCUGGGAGUGAGCAGCCAGCAUUCAAAUUUUGGCGUAGCAACGAAUCCAUCGACUCGGGAAUCGACAACUGCUCUCGCUGGUAGUAUAACUGGCCAUCGCCUGGAAGUACAGGCUGACAUUGGCACUUCGGAGACGGCUUCCGCUGUGACAUGUGUGAGUGAAAAAUCCGGCAACACAUUGAACGACACAGCAUCGACGAAGGCACUGGCCGGGUCGAUACUUAGCUAUCGGGCACACCAGAUGGCAACAGAUUCGGCAUGUUUCAGUGCGUCCGAAGACGGAACCUCAGAGAGGGUGCGCUUCGAUAGUACUGUAUGCUAUGUAAUAGACGGCAGUACUGUAGGUGGUACCGGUGGUAGCAAAAAAGACUCCUGUGAUAUCUGGUACACCGUCCCUUUGGAUCAGGACACCGCAGCUGACAAGGCUAGCCUAGGCAGUGGUCGAUCUUUCCGCAGCUCGGAACGCUCCUUUAGAGAUGAUUUCGACUCGACCAGCCUAUCAUCAUCGCACAAUACCACUAGUACCAGCCAUCACAGUCACAGCGCCGUCGGAACAAACCCGGCCGGUGGCUCAAGUAGUACGGCAAACUCCGUUACUUCAGCCACCAAACAUCAACGAAUCAAUGCAUUUGGUACACGUAUUCCAAAACUGGGAUCGGUGGUACAUCAGCACAGGACUCUCUCAAUGGAAAGUAACUCCGGUUCAUAUAAUAUACCGGAAAAUGUGAGCCUCGAACAGGAACUGGAGGAACAGGAUCAACAGGAGCAACAGUCGUCUUCCUCGGUGACACUGUCGCCUAAACCGCAACCACCGGUGGGUAGUGUAGAGCGAAAAGCUUCACCGAAACUGGACGAAACACGAAGGGAACCAAAAUCGAGAACCCAUAUUCUGAGGAAUCUGUUUUUCGCACAAACCAGCACCGGAGUCGGUCUGGGGGAUGUUCAGCCGGGGGAGUUUUCUCAAACGUAAGAGUACUAAGGUGUUAUGGAAGCACUCGCUUUAAAUUGGCAAGUGUAACUUGCAAGUAAUUCAAAACCGAUAAAUAAGUUGGUCAUUUAUGGGUAGUUCUGAAUUUUUGAACCCGCUAAUUAUUGUACUAUUUCAUUAUUGCUACCUAUUUCCUACGACUAGGUACUUGAAAUACAAUCAGAUUAAUUCAUAGGUCAUGCGAACACACAAGUACCAAAAAUUAGCAGCUUGGAUCCCUUUCCAUGCCGGCGUUCUUUCUUUUUUCCAGAAUGUCAAUCUUUUACGGUAUGGGAAUGGGUCUCUUAGAAGUGUCCGAGCGUGACUGAGGGCAGUUGUAUUUUCAUCACAUUGUAGGGCAGCUAAAUGAGAACAUAAUAUAUCAAACAGGAAUAUGUACGUAGUAGAAAGAUCAGUGUCAGUGUAGACAGUGACACGAUUAUAUGCAGGCAAGAAUCGAGUUAGUAUACUUACAAAACAGAACUUGUAUUUAGAUGGCAACUGAUUACAUUUAGCGGCGAACAAGCAAACAUUACAAUGACUGGAGAACACGUUGAUUGAAAAAGACUGCUAGUAGACAACCCAACAAAAAGAAAAGGGAAAAACCAAAAACGUACAAGCACCAUGAGCAGAGGUUGAUAUGAAUUUAGGUUACGAAGUAAUGAACCGAUUGAUUGAAUUUGUAAGUAAUCCUGAUGGCGUUAUUUGGGACGUUUAUAACCUACUAGCCCAAAUACAUAAAAUGGAACUAAUGUAUAAUCUAUGUCGCAACAAGUAACUGAUGCAUUAUUCCACAUGGGAAACUAGAAUCUAAAAUGGAAACCCCUCAUAAUUUAAUCAAUAACGUAAUUCGGAACAUAGUAGAAUACUGUUAGUCGCGGUCUAACGCGAACAAUCAAAUGUUGGCAUCAAAAGCAGUGUUAAGUACUGAAAUAUAUCGAGGAUAGGAGAACAUGUUUUGUUUGUACGUUUUGCUUUGUUUUCUAUUUAGUGACCUAGUGAAAAGUGCGCGGACAACCGAACAGUGAACGGACCACGACAGACUACGAAAUCCCAAGUUAAAUGAAUUAAUAAGUGAUACAAUACAAGUACUCUCUUGGAUUGAA